AUCACGCACAGCUCGUCGGCACGACCACCGAUCUUCCACGUUGAGCCCACAGCGCUGGGGUUGACUUGGCGAUGUCAAUGGAGAUGGCAACCUCCCACAACUUGUUUGCUGACUAAAAUUACUCCAGAUUAGAACCGAGAUCAUGCCAUAGUUCAGUUCUAAAGCACUAGUGUUUCUUACUCGGCUGAGCAAUUUAGCAUUCUGAUUGGAUUGCAGUCGAGACCCAUGACACCAGAACCAGUGUACUACUCGUGAAGAACCUUCCGAUGAUUCCUUCCCUCGGCGCUCUCCUCGCCGGAGUUCGCCGGAGCCGCCAUGCCAUUGCCAAGACCACACCAGUUUCCGCUCUCGCUGCCCUCCUCUUCCUCGCAGCGGCCACGCUCUGGCUCCUCUUCCUCGGGCCUCUCCGAUCGCCGGACACCCCCUCGUCGUCCGGCGGCAAUACCCACGGCAUGGGCGCCACGGCAUGUGACACCACGCUGGGCGAGUGGGUCCGCGACCCCGCCGGCGCGCUGCCGCAUUACACCAACGCGACGUGCGCCUUCAUCCAGGACUACCAGAACUGCAUGAAGCACGGCAGGCCCAGCCUCGAUUUCCUGCAGUGGAGGUGGCGCCCCGACGGCGGCCCGGGCUGCGAGCUCGCGCGCUUCGACGCGGCGCACUUCUUCCGGCUGGUCCGGGGCAAGUCCAUGCUGUUCGUCGGGGACUCGCUGGCCAGCAGCCACGUCACGUCCCUCAUGUGCACCCUGUCGGAGGCGGAGACCCCGACGAGGCGGAGCGCCGACGGGUUCGAGCACUGGCGCUUCCCGGCGCACGACUUCGCCGUCUCCUUCUUCUGGACGCCGUUCCAGGUCCGGUGGCGCCUGACGGGCGGCCCGCCAGCGGCUGUCGGCCCCGACCGGCAGGGCGAGGUGUUCGCCGGCCCCAACGACCUCCACCUCGACGAGCCCGACGAGCGGUGGAUGCCCGCGGCGAAGGAGCACGACUACGUGGUCGUGUCCGCGUCGCACUGGUUCGCGCGCCCGGCCGUGUACUAUCGCCGCGGCCGCGCCGUCGGCUGUCACGGCUGCGGCAACACGGACGGCAACGUCACCGCGCUCCCGCCGCGGUACGCGCAGCGCGCGGCGUUCCGCACCGUGCUCCGGGCGCUCGCGGGCCUCGACGGGUUCAAGGGGACGGCGGUCCUGCGGACGGUGGCGCCGACGCACUACGCGAACGGAGGGUGGUUCGACGGCGGGGAGUGCCCGGAUACUCAGCCCCUCGACCGGGACGAGACGGCGGACAUGGCGGAGCCGGAGGGCGGGUUCUACAGCGCCCAGCUGGAGGAGUUCAGAGCGGCGGAGGAGGAGGCGAGGAAGAACGGCGUGCGGCUCAGGCUGAUGGACGUGACCCGAAUCAUGCUGCGACGUCCGGACGGGCACCCCGAUCGGCACGGACACGGCGCCGGCGACCACGGCGGCUUCGACGUCGACUGCCUGCACUGGUGCUUACCCGGACCGAUCGAUGUGUGGAACGAGCUGCUGUUUCAGAUCAUGGCCGGUUAGACUCGUCAGGUUCCUGUCUGCUCUUGCAUUGUUGCGCGCGAAUUUCUCUGUAACCUUACACGAGCAUGAAUUUGUGCCAUGCACGAAUUUUCGCCUACCCUCACAUUGAACAUCUAUGUGAAAUAGGUUCUUCAUUUUUUUCUCUCGGCUAUGCUGUGACCUGUGAGGGACAAGAGCCGACCACUUGUGUGAUUUAACGCCGACAACAUCACAUUGCAUCUAUGACACGCUGAAAUUUUGGCGUCCAUAUUUUGAUGGUUUCAACUUUCAACAUUGUAUACGUUUAGGAUCCUCAUGCACAUCAAGACAUAUUUUUUCUUCUUC